AUGGGAGUUGAAGGAGCUAAUGUUAAAGUAAAUGGCGUGCGGUAUGCUUCCAAUUCAUCCCAUAGUGCUUUGAGCUUUGUGAAAUAUACUGACAGUGCCAUGUCUUUACAUCACUCUGCUGGUUGCGGCGGAGGUGGUGGAGAUGGGAAGAGAAACGCUGCCAGGGGUGGAGAUUUAAAGAAGCUUCGGGCAGGAGGUGGUGGAGAGCGGAAGAGAAACGCCGCUGGCGGAGGAGAUUUAAAGAAGCUUCGCUCAGGAGGUGGCGGAGAGGGGAAGAGAAACGUCGCAGGAGGUGGAGAUUUAAAGAAGCUUCGUGAAGGAGAUGGCGGAGAAGUGAAGAGAAACGCCACUGGAGGUGGUGGAGAAGUGAAGAGAAAGACAGAUAGAGAUCUACCAAAAAGCUUUAGGUCGUACCAUGAGUGA